AUGGCAAGUGCGAAGGUUUUGGUAACUCACAUAAAUGAAAGCGAUGCCGAUGAGGCAAUCACGAAGGUUAAGAAACUAAAUAAAAAAUCCGGUCCUUUUGACCUAAUGAUUAUAUUCGGCAAGUCAUAUGGUGAACUGGUUAAAUUAAACACUGACGGUUUACCUCAAUUGCUAUUGAUCUCGUCAGACGAUAAUGACGAUGAUUCAAAUUCAAAGAAAAUGAGUGAAGAUGUAACAUUACUGCAUAACUUUGGUACCUAUAAACUGGCAAACAAUAUCACCAUUUCUUACCUUGCCUAUUCUAAUGACGUGCUACAAGAACAAAAGGACACUAUUCUGGAUAAAUUCAGUAAACUUGAUAAUCAAGUAGAUAUCCUCAUCACACAAGAAUGGGGUCUCCCGAUUUCCGAGAGAAGUGGAAAGUUAUCUGGAAAUGAGGUGAUCGAUGAGUUAGCAAAUAAGGUGCACGCUAGAUAUCAUUUUGCGUUUUCUGAUGAAAAAAACUUUUUUGAAUUGGAACCUUUCAGCUGGGAAGGUGGCCGUUUAUCGAGGUUUCUCAAUAUUCCAAAAUAUGGAUCUGGCAAGAAAUGGGCCUAUGCAUUCAACAUCUCAGUAGGUGACGAUGAAGAAGUUGAACCUUCCAACCUUAUAAGUAAUCCCUACGAGAGUGCUAGUUUAAACCGCAAGAAGAGACCAUUGGAAAUAGAAACAGGAGAAGUGGUUAAUCAAGACCGCAAGAUUUCUGCCAUUGGAGAGAAGAGUGAAAUUAAGAAAAUGAGAACGAUUCUACCAACCAAUUGCCAUUUCUGCUUUUCAAACCCGAAUCUUGAAGACCAUAUGAUAAUUUCAAUAGGUAAGCUAGUUUACUUAACCACAGCCAAGGGGCCUCUGAGUGUACCCAAGGGUGACAUGGAUAUGUCAGGACAUUGCCUCAUCAUCCCAAUCGAACAUAUCCCGAAAUUGAACCCAAGCGAGAAGAUAGAGCUGGCACAGAGCCUGUUAGCUUACCAAUCCAGCCUUGUAAAAAUGAAUUAUGUAAAAUUUGAUAUGUCUACGGCUGUUUUCGAGAUACAGUCUGAACGUUCUGUUCAUUUCCAUAAGCAAGUUGUUCCUAUUCCGAAAUACCUGAUUUUGAAGUUCCGUGCUGCUUUAGAUAGACAGGUUCAUUUUAAUAACGAAAAGUUCACUAGAAAUGCCAAACUCGAGUUUAGAUGCUACGACUCUUUUUCCUCAGAAGAGUAUCUGGAUAUUGUUAACCACCAAACCAAUAAUUACUUGCAGUUCACUGUCUACGAAACUCCCGAAUCAAAUCCAAAAAUAUUCCUGGCCAGCUUCAACUCCAGCGAGACAAUCGAUUUGCAGUUUGGAAGACGCGUAUUAGCCUUCUUACUAAAUUUACCACGUAGAGUUAAGUGGAAUUCUCCAACUUGUCUACAAACCAAGCAACAAGAGUCCACAGAAGCAGAAAAGUUCCAAAAGGCAUACAAGGAUUACGACAUUUCUCUCACAGAAAGCUAA